AUGUUCCAUAAUGGUAUUUCCUCAACUAUACGGCCACAGUUGAGGGUCAACUCUGGUGUCGGGCAGAGGCUUGGUCGCAGCCCUCGAGGUGGAUGGAUUUUCAAGUCGGAGGUGGAGAACUACAACGAGAUGGCUGGCAUGCCUCCAUCGCUGUGCAACGUCGUAGUAGUGGAUGAGGCCAACGAUGAACCCCUCUCAUCGCCGACCGCUGUAGCCCUAGUAGAUCCCAAGAAGACUGUUGUGUAUGGGAAGAUACUGGACCUAGACCCGUACUGCGUUUUUGACCAGCGGUUCAUCGUGCAUCUCCUCGAGAGGGCUCUUCAUCGGCGAGAGAGGUUCUUCAGCAGUGAUGUCGCGGGCAACAGCGUCAGCUAUCGCCUCUUCCACGGGGAGUCCGAUGGAAUACCAGCCGAUCAGGUUGUGUGUGUUGAUAAGGACGGUGAAGCCCUUCGACUUGGUCAGCUCAGUUGUGAUGAGAAUGGUAUCCGAAAAGGCGUAGUUCAAUUCAUGGAGAACUCUGUUGAGGAGUACUUGCACGGGCUUGCCGGGAACCACGCCGGUCACGACGUCAUCGUUAUCGAUCCACCUACUAUAGCUGAUAAAACAGAACGAAAAUCUAAGAAUGCCAAACUACACAGCAUCGAGAAUGUUGUGGCGAAGGCCGUGCCGCACUUGGUAUCUCGAGGGCUCCUACACGUCACCAACGUACCAGAAGGGUACUCAGUCUACGAAGGGUUCAUGGCCGUCUCGAUCUUGGGGUACACCCUCCUCACCGGGGCUUGUGUCGUUGGCAUGCACUUGGCAUACAAGCAAGCCAUACUUUGUGAUACAGAUAGGAUCAUCCAAGCUCGUGGCCUCACCGUGCAUCAGUAUGGUGAUCGCCUCUCUCCACGAGAGGUCCCUAUGAUAGCAGCCAAUCAUGUUUCAUACCUCGACAUAUACGUGUUGGAGAGCUGUGGUGCUACCCCUCUGUCGUUUGUGGCCAAGAGGGCUGUCGGAGACAUGUUCCUCAUUGGUCAGCUGGCUCGAGCCUUCGAUUGCGUGUUUGUCAGUCGUAGUAAGUGUCCGAAAGAGCGCGGGGAUGUGGUGGCGAAGAUCGAGAGGAAGCAGAAACGUGAACAUUACAAAUUCCAUCACUGCUAUCGACAGCUCUCCCUAGGCGUCAUCACCGGCUCGACCGUGUUCCAGCUGUGUAUAUUCCCUGAGGGCACCACGACCAAUGGCCGUUCGAUAAUUAGAUUCCGGAAGGGGGCCUUUGAGGGCUCCUUUCCAGUGCAGCCUGUGAAGCUAGCAUACAGCUCUUCUCACUGUGCUUACACCUGUCUUGACUUACUCUACCACAUACUCAUAUUCCUAUCACUGGCCUGUACUGAUGACAUUCGAUGUGAUGUCUAUUGGUUACCCAAGGUCGAAGCAUCUGAGGCAAGUGCCUCUACUGGGGUGGAUCUUGCCAACGCCACCCGUUUGUCUAUCGCUCGUGAGAAGCGUGGCCCGCAACUCAAUCUCGAGGAAGAGGCAACUUUGGAAGGCCACUGUGAGAUCACUGACUUCCUCCUGGGAGUGAGCACGUCGCGAUCGACUCCUGCCGUCCCUAGAAGGCAUGCGAAAUAG